AUGAAAAUAGGAUAUAAUGAAAUAAUGAUUGUCUCGAAGUAUUUUGAAGAUAUUAAUGAUUUUAUUAAUUUAGAAAUUGGAAUUAAAAGAUUUCAAGGAAAUAUGGAACGAUUUCAUUUUAAUCCAAUUCCAUUGAAUCAACAUUCAAGAAAAUUGUUUCCUAAUAUUGAAACAUUUCAUAUUUAUAAUAAAGAAGAUGAAAUAUUUAAAGAAGGAAGAAUAAUUAAAUAUGUAAUAUGGUAUGAUGUGAGUUAUUCAAGAUAUUUAAAAGAGAAAAAAGAAAUGAAUGAAUAUAAAAAUAUCGCAUAUACACAAGAAGAUAGAAAUACAUAUGGAAAUACAAUACCAAUAGAAGUUAAAUCACUUGGAUUUAGAUGUUUUUAUAGAUGUUAUGAUAUUCAAUCAAUUAAUAUACCAACAAAUGUUAGUAAAAUAGGAAAUUAUUGUUUUAAAUAUUGUUCAUCAUUACAAACAAUUGAAAUACCAACAAGUAUUAGUAAAAUAGGAGGUAGUUGUUUUAGUGAAUGUUAUUCAUUGACAUCACUUAAUAUUCCAACAAGUGUAAUUGAAAUAGGAGAUGAUUGUUUUAUUCGAUGUUCAUCAUUAACAUCAAUUAAUAUAGAAGAUAUAAAAUAUAUAAGUGAAGAAAGAAUAUUUAUGAAUGAAGCAGUGUUAAUUAGUAUUGAAAUACCAAAGAAUUUAAAAAUGAUAAAUGGAAAGAUUAUUGAAAAGAAAGAUAUUAAUGAAUUUAACAUUCCAUCAACAAUCACUGAAAUAGGAUAUAAAUGUUUUUCUGGAUGUACAUCAUUAAGAACAAUUAAUAUACCAACAAGUGUAAUUGAAAUAGGAGAAUAUUGUUUUUAUGAGUGUUCAUCACUAACAUCAAUUAAUAUACCAACAAGUGUAAUUGAAAUAGGAGAUGAUUGUUUUGAAAAAUGUUUAUCAUUACAAUCAAUUAAUAUACCAACAAGUAUAAGUGAAAUAGGAGAUUUUUGGUUUUAUGGAUGUUCAUCACUAAAAUCAAUUAAUAUACCAACAAGUGUAAUUGAAAUAGGAGAUUGUUGUUGUGAAGAAUGUACAUUAACAUCAAUUAAUAUACCAUCAUCAAUUACAUCAUUUAGAAAUGGAUGUUUUUAUGGAUGUGGAUGUGAAGAAGAAUUAAAGAAAAAUAAAUCAAUACCAAAAUAUUGCUUUAAAGAAUGUUUUGAAGAAUAUUAA